AUGAGUGGGAGCCAAUUGAAAAUUCCAUUACUCAAGGGCUUCGGAAGUUCUGAUUCUAAAGACACUAAUGAGCCAAAAAUAGGUUUUCCAAAGCCUUCUAUGCCAUCUCAAAAUAACCCCGCUCCUAAUCCAUUGCUAGGGCUAAUUCAACCUCCUUCAGCUAAUGAUCCAGCCAAUAAAGAAAUUGAAAUGACAGCUCCAUCUCAAUUUCUUACAAGUUUACUUUUCAAGCAAGUUCCAAUAGCUUCAAGUAAAGACGAAAUUAAAAGUAUUGAUACAAAUCUUGGAAUUUUUCAUCCUAUUGAAAAAAUUUUAGACUUUAGAGGGACAGGAAUUAGGAGGAUUCAAGGCUCCACUCAGUUUUUGAUAAACAGUUUAGAAGGCGGUAUAGCUAUUUAUGAUAAUGCAACAAAACUGGUGACCACAAAAGCUCCAAAAAUGCUGAAAUCCCCUAUUUAUUCAGUAAUCCCAAAAAGUGACUUAUCAGUUCUCUAUACCUGCUCAGGGGAUGGCUUAAUAAGAGUUUUAAAUUAUCAAAACCUAAAUGAGAUUAAUAAAAUGGGUGGCAUCGAGAGAAGAUAGAAUCUGAGACUCAUUCCCCUAAUCGAGCAGGCAGUGACUAUCCUGACGAAGCUGAAAAUAGUGCCUCUGCCACUUUUUGAAGUAGGCCUUCGGGUUUGGGGAAGCCUUCCAGAAGAGGGAAGUUUUGUUUCUCCCCCGAAGAUUUCCCUAUCCCUGCCAGAUGAACUAGACAGGCUUUGCCUCCCACUUAGUCUUUGCUUAUCGGGACUAGCGGGCAUCUGCAAGAGGUGGCUCUAACCUAGUGAGCUAAUCCUUAGAUUAGGUAGGCUCAAGCCAGAUAAGCAGGCUAGUGGCCUAUUAGCUUAUGGCCUUAUAAUUUUAGCUUGAACUAACUUAAAUGAGAUUUCUCAAUUUUCAGGCCACAAUAAAGAUGUGACAAUGAUGGUUUUAUCCCCUGAUGAAAAAUGACUGUACUCUGGUGGAAAAGACGCAACUGUAAGGGUAUGGAACUUGGAAGAUCCCAAUGAGAAAUCUCUUCUUUAUCGGCACGAUAGAGAAAUUACUGUUAUGGACAUCACUGAUGAUGGAAUUUAUCUCGCAACUGGGGGAAAUGAUAGAGUAGUUAGAAUGUACCACACAGGAGAAAAAGAGGUCAAAGCGGCGCUUGGACCUUUAGGAGAAGUCAGCUCAGUAAAAUUUUCUUUAUUAAAUACAAAAAUCGCAGCUGGCGGGAAAGAUGCAAUCAUAAAGAUAUGGGAAAUGGACUCCUGGAAUCUCCUGCAUGUUCUUAGUGGGCAUGAGCAGCCAGUGACUGGUAUUGCUUUUCUAAAUAAUGAUGAGUGGCUGGUGAGCUCAAGCCAUGAUAGUACCAUUAAAAUCUGGCUUAUUGAAAGCAACAAUUAUGAAAUUUCACUAUCUGAGCAUAAAGGAGAAAUCAAUGGGCUUAUAGCAGAUGAAAAUAACAUUUAUUCAAUUGGAAAAGACUGGAGAUUAAUGGUAUGGCCAAUUCCUAAAACAAAUAAAAGAUCUAUGCUAUCAGGCCACGAAACCGAUAUAACAAACAUUUUAAUUUCCAGCACAAGACAACAAAUUUUUUGCUUUACCAGUGACAAUAAGGUGACUGUGUGGAAUUAUAUAACAGAAGAGAAAGUAGAAACUAUUGAUAUGAACUUUACAGCUUAUACAGCAGCAAUGACACCUGAUGAAAAAAGUAUUAUUGGCUGGACCUUAGAUAGCCGCUUAUCCCCCUUUUAAAUUGGAAGCGGUAUUUGACAAAUUUCGAUUUUUUGAGUAAAUUAAAUCCUUUCGAAUAGGUUAAAACAACAAUUUCUGUGCAAGUAGUUUUGAUGCCUAAUUUAAUGUGAUGUGAUUUUACCGAAAUAAAAAAUUCAUCAUAUUUAGUUUUAUUUAAAAGAGAAAGAAAUAGUAUAUUAUUAAACAAAGUUGCACUUUAACCGAUAUGAAAAAUUUAAAAAAUUUUAAAUUUUUUUAAUAUGAAAAUUUAUAUAAUUUAUUUUUUUUUAAACAAAUAUCUCAUAUGAACUUAAAUGGUUUUUUAACAAUUUAAAGAGAGAAAAUUUAGGCAUUUAUGAUAUAACUACAAAAACAACAUCAUUUUUCGAGUUGACAGAGGAAAUCUUAGUAUCAUUAAUCAUGAUUUCACCUGAUGGCAGCCAUAUAGUUAUUGGAGAAGAAGCUAGUAAAGCGGUUAAAGUGUAUUCUUUUGAUACUACACUUAAGCUUGCAUUAAAGGGAAGCUUUUCUGGGCAUGACGUAGAUCUGAGUUGCUUGGCAAUGACAAGAGAUUUGAUAUAUUUAUUUUCAGGAGAUGAAAGUGGAGAAAUAAUCAAAUAUGAUGUUAGGAAUAUUUUUAGCCCACCUACAAUUAAUGAAACUAAAGGGGAGAUAGCGGCAAAAGGGACAAUAGAAGUAGUAGAUACACAGUUUAAACUUUCUGGGCAUCAUGCAUCUAUUUCAGAUAUGAAAAUUUCUAAGGAUAAUACCCAUAUGGCAUCUGGAUCAUAUGAUAAAACAAUUAGAGUAUGAAAUUUAGCAAAAAACAACUGCAUUAAAACCAUUCAGCAUCAUACUAAUAGGAUUUCCAGCUUAUAUUUUACAAAUAAUGGGGAACAUCUCAUGGCAACCUCUCUUGAUAACACAGUUUCUAUAUGGAACUACUCAAAUUACACGCUGCUCACUACAUUUAAGUUCAAAAAAGACUGCAAAAUGAUAACUUGCAAUGCUGAUGAAAAGUAUUUAUUUAUUGUUGAAGCCGAUGAAAUCAGUGUUCAGCAAAAUCCAUUGACAAACCAGUCAUUUUCUAUCUAUGGACCAGUAGAUAAUAUACUGAGGUAUUAUUACUAUGUGAAACGAAUUUUAAAUGAAGAUCCACCCAAGUUCGAAGCUGAUAUGGACAAAAUGGUGAUUAUGCCUAUGAUGAUGAACACUAUUCAUCUUUACUCGUAUUUUAAUAUGCCACAACAUUUAUCUGAUGGCCUUUCAGCAAACGGAGCAUUUUUUAAUUCUGCAAAAAAGUUAUAUUAUGCUUGGCUAAUAAGACACUAAAUUAAUGGCAAUUAGAAGGAUGAUAUAUAGUUUUAAAAUCUAAAAUAAGGAUGAGUGUAUUAUGAAUUUAUGGUAUUCAUACCAUAGUCGUAUAAAUCCUCUGAGUUUAUCAGUAAGCAGAAAUUUUGAAGGACGCCUUUUGGACGUAAUUUUUUCCCCGCAGAAAUUUCUCUGACGAAUUUUUUAAUAGUCAAACAUUUGCUCAGCAAGCGGCCUCGACUAAAUGCCUGGAUAGAAAAAAGUUUAGACCAAAUUGUGCCCAAAAAAUUGAUGCAAAGUAAAUGUCCCCAAGGAAAAUACAUGCAGCCGAAAUUACACUGAAUGUGUCAACGUAAUUCUGAAUAAUAUUGGCUUUCUUGUAAAAGAAAAUCCAUUUAUAGUUGCCCCAAUAGAAGAUCAAUUAAUUACUUUGAAUGAAAGAGGAUAUAACACUCUUGAUAAUCUCUAUUACGACUUGCUCACAAAAGUCAAAAAUUCUGACAUUCCGAGAUACUGCACAAGUAAUGCUCCUUUGCCCAUAAAUUUCCAGUCAAAAAUUAUGAUUCCAUCCGUUGGGGAUUUCUUAGGGCCUGAAUAUUUCCAAUAUGAACAGCAAUCGCUAGCAUUUGAACAUACUGCAGUCAAAAUCCCUAUGGUUUUAGGGUCCAGUGAAAGCAUUAAAUUCUUGAAAAGCAUCGUAAAUUCGCCUAACUCUGAAAUUUUAAGGACAAAAUUCAUACAGUUUAUCCUUGAAGAAAAAUGAAAAAUAAUCAGAUGGGUUAUGCUUUGUGAAGCGCUAGUCUAUUUAGGGUUUUUAGGAUUAUUUGCUAUUUACUCCCUAUAUUUUUUGAAUGAAAAUACACUCAUUAUUCCUUUAGUGGUCAUUAACGUUGUGGAGCUUUUUUAUGAGUUUUAUAAGAUAGCUGUGGAAGGGACUCAAGGAUGGCUGAAACCAUCCAAUUAUAUAGGCAUUUUCCGCUGCAUAAUCUUCUUAUUCUACUUAUACUGCAUCGAUUACGAUAAAUACCGCGAUCUCACUCCCCAUCUUUUAGUUUUUCUCACAUUUGUAGCUUGGAUUCAAGGAAUCGGCUACUUCCGACUGUUUGAAAAAACUCGCUAUAUGAUAAAGCUUCUAAAAGAAGUCAUAACUGAUAUGAUUUCUUUUAUGAGUCUGCUCUUUUAUUCCACCCUUUCUUUUACACUAAUUUUUAUUUCAGUCGGAGCUAAAAGUAGCGAUCCUUUUUCCAUGAUGCUCAUAAAAUCAUAUUUGCUUGAUUUGGCUGAUUUCAGCUAUGAUAGUUACGAGACUGUGGAAUGGAUAAUUUUCUUGAUUGCUUCUAUUUUAAACCCCUUAAUCAUGCUGAAUUUACUUAUCUCUAUAAUUGGCGAUACCUUUGAUAGAGUCCAAGAAGGGAUUGUUAUAGCUGACCAAAAAGAAUUAUGUGAGUUGAUAAUUUCUGGAGAAAAUUUAUUAUUUUGGAGGAGAAAUUAUAAUGAAAAAAGCUAUCUUCAGAGAUGUAGAGUUGAAGAAGCGGUAGAAGAAGACGAAUGGGGUGGAAAGACGAGAGAAAUUAAAUCUGCUAUAAGUGAAGUUCAAGAAAUCCUUGAAUCAAGCAUUGAAAAAAAUGUAGCAACUAUUGCACAAAUUGAGGAAGGGAUUAGUAAGGUAAGCUCAUCUAUGUCAAUGAAUCAGACAAUGAUGAGUGAUGGCAUGACCGGAAAAAUCAUAAUUAUGAGGGAUCACAUCAAUCAAAGAAUCAAUAGAAUGAAUGAUGAAAUGAAUGAAAAAUUCGAAUUACUAGAAAAAGAAAUGCAUAACAAAAUAUACAAAGUAAAUAAUGAUAUUGACGUGGAGCACACUGAACUGACUGAUAAAAUCACUAAGGAAACUCAUGAUUUGUAUUUGAAUAUUCGGCAUUUCCACAAAAUUUUGCAUGAAAAAUUAGAUAAAAUGUACGCAGAGAGCAAUGAACUCAUCACAAGUGUCCAUGAAGAUUUGGGAAAUUAUUUACAAAAGAUGAAUGGGGAGUUAAAAGAUAAUCUAAACUAUUUGAAUCAAAACCUCAAUAAAAUCCAUGAAGAACUUAACCAGAAAAUUGACGAUUCUAAUGCAGAAAUAAAAGAAAUUUUAGCUAAACUUAAUGAAGAUAUGAAAAAUUUGGCUAAAGAUAUAGCAGAGAGAGUAAAUGAAGUGCAUAAAGAAGUAAAUAAAAAUACCCAAAGAAUUGAAGAAGGAAAUAUUAUAACUGAAAAUAUGAAAAAUUUAUUAUCAGAAAAGAUUGAUAAAUCCCAGUCACAUUUAUCAGAUAUUUUGGCAAAAAAUAAUGAAGAUAUGAGAUCACUAGACCAUGCCAUGAAUGAAAAAAUCAAUCAAGUUCAUUCUGAUGUAAACAAAAACUCGCAAAAACUUGAUGAAAAUAAACAAUUGCUUGAAAGCAUAGGAAAAUUAAUUGAUAGCAAGAUUGAAUCCUCUAAUUCUAAAUUAAUCGAAAUUCUGGCAAAGAUGACAGAAGAAAUGAAGUCUAUAGACAAAUCGACGACUGAAAAAAUAAAUGGAAUUCAUUUGGAACUUAAUAAUCAUGCAGAAAAAAUUGAAGCAAAUAAUCAGAUUAACGACCGUCUUAACAGCUCAAUAAGUGAUUUGGAUGUUUCUAUACAAAAAUUGAUAAAAGAGUCAAAUAGUGAUAUUUUUGGCAGACAAGAAAAAGUUUCAAAUCAGUUAUCAGAAUUGAGCAGUGAACUUGUAACUUUAGCAAAGAGUUUCAAAGAUAAGACCGAAAGUCUUGAGCUAAUGAUUCGUAAUAGUGAAACUCACAAUGAUGAAUCAAUCAGAAUCCAUGGAGAAGAAGUUAAGCAAGUUAUAAACAAAUUAUUGGAAGACAGCCAAGUUCAAUUUGACCAAAGAGUCAAGCAGCAAGAAGAAGAGCUCAAAGCUUUCAUAAGGGAAUCAUUUGAAAAUACCAAAAAUGAAAGCGAAAGAGGAGCACAUGACAAAAAUGAAGAACUCAGGAUAUUCAUUCAAAGCUCACUGAAAAAUAUGGAGAAGUAUAGCGUUGAGAGUUCUAAUAAGCAAGAAAAAUCAAUCAAGGAAUAUAUUAAAAACUCUUUAGAUACCAUUGAAAGCAAAAAUUCUGAGAGAAUAAACAAACAAGAAGAAGAUCUUAAAGCUUAUAUUCAGCAAUCUGUUGAAUAUUUGAAGGAUUUCAAUGAAGGGAAAAUCAGGGAACAAGAAGAAGUACUCAAGAAAUUUAUCCGGGAGUCUUUAGGUGGGGAUCAAUAA